GCGUUUCCUACGUGUGUGUGUCUGUGUGCAUGUGUGUGCGUUUGUUCGGUUGGCAUUUUUCCACAGCUACCUUUGGCCAUGCAGAACGACGAGGAACCAUCUGGAGCUGGAGCUCCGGGGCUUGGUGGUAACUCGGACUCCAUACAAAGCCCACCGUCCGCGGCUCCCCGGCGACCCAAGCCGGGAAUUCUCCGCCUGGACAUUGGCAAGCCGCGACGCUCAUCAGGUGGUUCCGUCGAUUUCCGCUGCGUGGGCAGCAGCAGCAGUAAUGGCCACAACAGCAACAUGGCCACUGGCGCCAACAGUGAGAACAACUCGGGAGUCACUUCGCCCCAUCAAUUAUCUGUGACCUGGGCACCGCCAUGCGACUUGGAUAGAGGUGGCUGGCAAAUGCAGAGCAGCGCCGAUGCCAAGAGGGAAUUCUACAAAGGACAGAGAGGCAGAAGAGCUGCAUCACAGGAGGACCAUAGAUCCUACGAACUGAACGAUUUUCCAUUGCAAAACCAGAGCAGCGACGCCGAAAGCAGCCACCACGAGCCCCAGUUUGGCCAGUAUCCACCAGGAAUCGGAAUCGAGGAUGGCGGCGGCUGCGACAUUGACGAUGAGGAGAGCUACACAAUUUCCGUAUCGGCAAUAAUGCAGAGACGUGCCAGUGUGCGCGGCUAUCGGGGCAAACGUGGCAGCCGGAGUUCGCGACGAGCAUCCAGUCCAAUGGAUCACGUCCUGGAUAGUGUGGAGCGGCGACGCUCCAGUGUCUAUACGACAAGUUCAGAGGAGGGCACCAAUCAGGAGUCCACACAAGAGCAAAUCUUUGAGAACAUCCGCCUGCACAAGGAGGUCAUACAGUCGGUGAAGCUACAGCCAUGGCCCAUCCGCAAGAAGCUCAAGUUGGUUCGGCAGGCCAAAACAUAUGUGGCACGCCACGAAGGCGCGCUCCAGGAGCGAUUCGCCAUGUCACGCAGCACCAGGGACUUGUGGGCGAGGUUUAAAAUUUUAAUGGCGGCAAGAUGGCGGCACUGGAAACGAGAGACGACCAGUUUUCUUACCGUCCUCAUACCCUGGGAGCUGCGCAUCAAGGAAAUCGAAUCGCACUUCGGCUCCGGCGUAGCCUCCUACUUUACAUUUCUGCGCUGGCUUAUGUGGGUCAAUAUCAUGAUUGCCAUUCCGCUGGUCGCCUUUGUCAUUGGCCCCGAGUACUUUGCCACGAAACACGGCGAAACGGAUCCGAGGAAAAUGAUGUCCGAUCCGGAGGCUCGGGUUGCCGGCAACCUUUUUACAUUCUGGGAAUUCGAGGGAUACCUGAAAUAUUCACCGAUGUUUUAUGGCUACUAUUCAAGCACAUCCGGCAUUAGCACGUCCGGAUAUAAGCUGCCCUUAGCAUAUUUCCUUACCGCCGUUCUGGUCUAUAUCUACAGCUUUGUGGCCACGCUGAGGAAGAUGGCGGAAAACUCGCGCAACUCGAAACUUUCCUCGAAGGACGACGAAUGCGUCUUCUCGUGGAAGCUCUUCACCGGCUGGGACUUUAUGAUUGGACACGCGGAGACGGCCCACAAUCGCAUCGCAUCCGUGGUGGUUGGCUUCAAGGAGGCCCUACUGGAGGAGGCUGAGAAGAAGAAGGAUAAUCGCAACUGGCGGGUGAUACUCCAGAGAAUACUGGUCAAUAUCCUGGUAAUGGGACUGCUGGCCUUGUCGGGGGCCACGGUGGUGCUGUUGGUCAAUCACUCUGAGGAUUUGGCCAAGCACGACAACUGGCUGAGUCGCAAUGCAGUGAACGUGACCAUGACUCUGCUCUCCUUUUUCCUGCCCAUGAUAUUCGAGGCUCUGGGCUUGUUUGAGAACUGGCAUCCCAGGCAGCAGCUGCGAUUGCAAUUGGCACGAAUUAUGAUCCUGAACAUGUUGAAUUUGUACUCUCUGAUGUUCUCCUUCAUCUACAAGAUAAACAGCAAAGAGAAACCGCUGCAGAUGUUAAAAUUGGAGAAUGAAACAAAUACCAUGGAGCUGAAGAAUCUGCUAAGUUCGAUUGAAGCUCUGCGGGCCAUGACCCCCACGACUUCGCUGUAUAGUGAGAGUACAUCAGAUGGCCUUUUUGAUGACUCCACCUCAAGUGCAUCUUGGGGUGACGAUAAUGGCAGCUCCUUUUCGACCACAGCUGCUGCCGCUUUAAUCUCCACCACAUUGCAACGUCUUAAGUGCUACAACAAGACAGUUAAAUGCUCAAAACCAGGACGCAACAUCAUCAGUGCCAAGAACUUGGCUACUACUUUGAUGGUUCUCAACCUGACAACGCCAGCCAUGGUCCCACCAACAUUGCCCACAACAUUGCCCACCAUACCACCCACGACAUUGAGUACUUGGACAACCACAGAGGCAACUACGACGACAACAACAUCACCUUGGACCACUUUACCACCCCCGACAACUUUCCCUCCCUCCACAACUUUACCGCCGUCGACAACUUCAACGCUCCCGCCAACAACAACCGAGGCAACCACCACGACUGAAAGAACCUCUACAGGAGCACUAACAACAACCACAUUAUUAACCACCUCUACCAAAAUUGAUAACACAACAGCAGCUUCCACUAGCAAGCCAUCACCAACUAAUAGUGAAAUCGCAAACUCAACUAUCAAUAUUGCCACAUUGAGCACAGCAGCAACGACUGUUAAGACUACUGCUUCACCUCCCAGUAGCACCAUAAAACCCACUACAACCACAACCACCACUGAAAAGUCCCAGACAGAUGACAACUUCUUCUACACCACUGGCGAUGAUGACGGCUCCUACGAUUAUGGCAGCGAUGAACCCAUAGCUUCCGCUUCAGAUGCAACAUCAGAUGCACCGGAAAAUUAUAGCUACUCCGAUAUUACAGAUUACUCGUCGGAACCGCCAGAAAUUGAUGAUUUCGAUGAUCAGGAAAACACUGAUCAGGCAGAUGAUCCGCUGGCUAAAGUGUUAGAACAAAUUGAUGAGGAAGAGCCGAAGAAUCGCAGUAAGAGGGCAUUGAGUGAUUCACCUUUCUUUGCCAGCAAAUAUAGCAGGCGACAUCGUAACGAUUCCGCAGUCACUGGAGGCCAACUGAGAGAAACCACCGAGGCGGGAAAUGCCACACCCAAUCGGUGGCCCAUCAAUUGGCCACCCUUCAGACAAACCACACCGAGCACCACUACAACAAAGAGAACUCCGAGCGGUAUUCUUUCAAAAGAGGAAUGGGAAAAUCUUAAACGCCUUCGAUAUAGGCAAACCACAUCCACAAGUACUACUACAACAACGACUGCAAAGCCUAGAAGAAGAUAUCGAACCACGACUACAGAGCUGACAAGCACCACCGAGGAGGAAUCAUCCACAACGGAGAGUUCCACUGAAUCGACAAGUCCAGAGAGCAGCACUAACGCGUAUGAUAGUAGUAGUAGUGGCUUCACAACCACCGAAGAAGAUGAGUACACCACCACGGAAGGACCAAAGUCCCCUUAUUACGUUGGUAUUGUGAAUUUCUCUGAGAAGGGGAGUACCACCUAUUAUGAUAGAGACAGCGAGUUUCUGGAGGACUGUGUGAUUACCAUAUGCCCCGAGGGCGACGAAAUCUUCGGCAGCACCACUGAAAGUUCGGAUAGCACAACCCAGAGUAGCGACUCCAAACAGUUAACCACUGUGAAACUCACUCCGUUGGAGCGAAAGCAAAAGCGUCUGAAGGAAGUGCAGCUGGCGAUUAAGCAAAUACAAACCAAUCUGACUACCAUGUGCUGGGAGACAUCCUUGGGCCAGGAGCUCUCGAAAGUUAUCGUCUUUGACGGGCUGAUGUCCAUUGUGGCGCCACUGUGCAUUGACUUUCUGCGCGCCCUCUUCGUGCGGUAUGUCAAUCAAAACUGGUGCUGGGACAUGGAGAAGACCUUUCCCCAGUACGGCGACUUCAAGAUAGCCGAGAACAUCCUGACGUUGAUUAAUAACCAGGGCCAAGUGUGGAUGGGCAUAUUCUUCUCGCCGGGCCUGGUGCUCAUCAACCUGGUCAAAUUGAUGAUCAUGAUGUACUUCCGUUCUUGGAUAGUGCUCACCUGCAAUGUGCCGCACGAGGUGGUGUUCAAAGCUUCGAAAUCGAACAAUUUCUACCUAUCGCUGCUGUUGACCAUGUUGUUCCUUUGCGUUCUGCCAGUGGGAUAUGCCAUUGUGUGGCUGCGACCCUCCUGGCAUUGUGGACCCUUCUCGGAGUACAACAGAAUAGCUGAGUUUAUCACGAACACCACCAGAAAUGCUCUUCCAAAACAACUCCACGAGCCCCUGGACUAUCUAACCUCCUCGAGCACUGUGAUUCCAUUGCUGCUCCUGCUCAUCCUUAUUAUAUAUUACCUGGUUUCCCUGACCGGUGCUCUUCGAGAAGCUAAUCAGGAUUUGCGCACCCAGCUCCAAAAGGAACGCGAGGAGGAGCGCAAGAAGAUCUUUAAGGUGCCGGAGGUCAAGCAGGCGGAACCUACUGCCACCACCCUAACAAAUCGGUGGCGCAAAGUCCUGGAGGCCAGCUCUCCAGUUACACCUACCCAACCGCCAGAUUUCGAUACGGAGGAGUACAAAAAUCAAGCCCGGAAAGAGCUAAUCUCACGCAUCAUGAAGAAGGCGCUGCGCAAGGGCUCUGCCACCUCGGAUGAGGACUCGUUUGUGCGGCGGGAUGACGAUGACACGGACACCGAGCACCAGGAUUCUUUGCCUCACGACGAGGAGGCCAAAGACAAGAGGUUCGGCCUGUCGCGAUUGCAGCAAAUCCGGCGAACCCGCAAACCAUCUCUCGUGGACAUCGUGCAGAUUGCCAAGCAGGAGCGGGCACGGGCAGGAUCCAUUGUGGCUGGGACUAGCUCUACGGGUACUGGCAAUUUUCCGGUAAAGGAGACCCAUCCCAAGAGCCGAUUCAAAGUCGAGAAACACGAGCGCAAGGACAGAGGAAGCGUGAAAGAGAAAAAGGAUACCAAACACAAGCAGCAGCCGCCGCCCAAUGAAUCGCCCAAGGACAAUGAACAUGAUCCGGAUACAAAUUCAAGGAUUGUCAGCGAACGCCGCGCCAGUUUGCUGAGGCGCCACAAGGCGCAGGGUGGAGAGGAAGAUGAAACACCUACCACCCCAGAACCACCGCAAACACCCACCGUGCCAGUUGAGCCUGUGGAACAGACUCCGGAGGAAUCCACACCAGAAACUCCUACGCUGGCCAAAAGCAAAUUCCACAUAGUUGAUGAAAAAAAACCGCCGCAGGAGGUCGAAGAUAAACCCUUGCCGACAACCAAGGGUAGUAACGGAGGUAGCGGCGGCGGUAGUUUGGGAAAGUUCAAGUUCCGUAAGCACAAAUUCAAGUCAAAUAAUGCGGUUACAAAGCCGGAGCCCGAAGUGUUCAAGUUCGACGAGCGGAGUGUGGAAAAGAACACGGACGUAGCCACUCCUGCUACGGAACAGCACCUGAACAGUGAGCUAGGCGGCGGGGAAGAACAGGAAAAAAGUCUGCCCUCACCUACUCCCAGCCAAGGUCAGGGUCACCAUCAGCGGCAAUUGUCUGUCCUUUCGCGUCAGGGCCGGAAAAAGAUCGGCAACUUGUUGGCCCUGGUUCGCGAGGCAGUGAAUCUCAAAAAGGAUGAUGUCGAGCAACAAGGUUCGGAUGAGUCGCCAGGUCCCACGACGCCCACUUAUUUAGCCUACACUCCACCACCACCACCAUCAGUAUUGUCCAGCGUGUCCAGCUCUACAGCUCUGGAAAUGCCACCCACUCCAGAACCGGAAUCUCCCACGCCCAGUGCACCAUUGCAUUUUGGCAGUAGCACUUCCUCUCGUCCCCCCACAAAGCCACCAAAGCCUCCAGUUGUUCCCACAUCAACCACUGCUCCUACGGCCACGAUGGAUGAUCUAGAGGAACUGGACAUGGCCGGUCCAAUUACAUUCCCCAAACGUAGCGAUUCCCAUCGACGCCGCACCAUGCGCCAGGACUCGCAGAGUUCGAUUUGGUCGGAUAAUAUACCCACCAUUACGAUUAGCACCACCGGCAGCGAUGAGUGCAUUGUGGAUGCAGCUGCACAUCAAAAUGGACUGCCCGAAUCGCGAAGUACUUCCCCGGGGCCAACGGUCAACAUCAUAAAGAUUGACAUUGAGAACGAGCAGGAGAAAUAAUAACCCUGCUGGUUAAGUGCCUUUAACGCCAGAUUGUCUUCUUAAUUAAAGAAAUUAGCAUUCUUCCUACUCUACUAACCAUUUAGCUUCAAUCUUGUUCUUCAGCAUUUUGGAAAAUGAAAUUUCAUCUGCUUGUUUAUUUCCAAAAGAAAUUAAAAUAAACCA